AGUAACCAGCGAGAACAUGAGGUUCCUUAUUGUAUUUUCGUCACUGGCUGUAGCCGUGCUUGCUCGCCCCGGCUACGAGCACGGCCCCGACGUGCACCACCAGUAUCAGUACCACGGCCCGCCCGCACCCCUCGGCCACGACGGCCGCGUUGUCGACACGCCCGAGGUCGCCCACGCUAAGGCCGCUCACUUCCACGCCUUCAGCGAGGAGCUGUCCAAGGCCUCGCACCACGGCCCGAUCCUGCACCACGAGCCGGAGAUCCACCACCACCACGAGCAGCACCAUCACGAGGCGCCGGUGCUGCACCACGCCGCCGCCUACCAUCACGAGCCCGAGCACCACGUCUAUCACGGACCCCCGGCUCCCCUCGCUCACGACGGUCGCGUGAUCGACACCGCCGAGGUCGCCCACGCCAAGGCCGCGCACUUCCACGCUUACGCCGAGGAGCUGUCGAAAGUGGCGCAUCACGGCCCGGCGUUGCACCACGGCGCCGACUUAGGCCAUCAUCUCUAUUAA